AUUCAGUCGUCUUUUCGUUCGCGACGAGUGUGGUCGUGUUUGUUAAAGUUUUGGUCCCAAUAUUUUUUUUUAUAGUAAGCGUUCUGAAUUAAUAACGUUUUAUUUUCACUUGUUAUUUCAAAACUUUGUGAAUAAAAAUAACUAGUGUCUUGCGGGUUUAAUUUUUAUCACAGAAUAAACGUGGUGUUAAUCGACCGCACGUCGUCGUAAUAAAACUUUUCUCAUUUUUAGAAAACUAACAAAAUGUCUAACCACGUGGAUGUUAAUGGCCACAAGGCGGCCCCAAACAGUGAGCCAAGAAAUGGAGCACCCUAUUUCCACCUCGAGAGUAUGCCUCACGAAUAUAAAAAACCGUUCGACGUGAGAAAAAAAACCCUGGACAGUAUUCUGGAUUUGAUUGGUAUUACUCCUUUAAUUAAGCUGAAUAAGAUUCCCCAGGCCGAGGGAAUAAAAUGUGAUAUUUAUGCAAAACUGGAGUAUGAGAAUCCUGGUGGAUCUAUAAAGGACCGUAUUGCGUACCGAAUGGUGUUGGAAGCUGAAAAGGCCGGACGGAUAAAACCUGGUGUGACCACACUUAUUGAACCAACUUCAGGGAAUACUGGCAUAGGACUCGCUAUGACUGCUGCCGUCAAAGGCUACAGGUGCAUAAUAGUGAUCCCAGACAAAAUGUCUGAUGAGAAGGUUAACACGAUUCUGGCUCUUGGCGCGGAGGUAGUGAAGACGCCCACAGACGUGCACUCUGACGACCCUGAAAGCAACAUACAGGUCGCCAAGAGGCUGAGUCAGGAGAUCAAAGGAAGCGUCAUAUUGGAUCAGUACAACAACCCUCACAACCCGUUGGCGCACUACGACGGGACGGCGGAAGAGAUCCUGUGGGCGACGGACGGCAAGGUGGACAUGGUGGUGAUGGGCGCCGGCACCAGCGGCACCAUCUCCGGCACCUCCUCCAAAAUCAAGAAGGAGUGCCCCGAGUGUAUCAUCGUCGGCGCCGACCCCUACGGCUCCAUCCUUGCCAAGCCUGCCGAAAAAAACAAAUCAAAUGUCACGUAUUAUGAGGUGGAAGGCAUCGGGUAUGACUUCUUCCCGGACGUGCUGGACUACGCGUGCAUAGACCAGUGGGUGAAGACCGAGGACCACAGCGCCUUCAACAUGUCGCGCCGGCUCGUCAGGGAGGAGGGGCUGUUGUGUGGUGGAAGCGCGGGCGCAGCCAUGUGGACGGCGCUGCAGGCCGCCAAGCAGCUGAAGGCGGGACAGAAGUGCGUGGUGGUGCUGCCCGACGGGAUCCGCAACUACAUGACCAAGUUCGUGUCCGACCCCUGGAUGGAGGUGCGCGGGUUCAAGCCCACGCCCGCCAAUGAACAUUGCAAGAAAUGGUGGAGCAACAAGCUGUCGCUGAAACACGUGCAGCCGGUCCCUGUGGUCCGCGACUCCGCCAGCACGCGGGACGCGGUGGCCCAGAUGUCGGGGCAGACACCGCCGCCUCUCGUCGCCGCCAUCGUCAAUCAGGACGGAUUUAUAAGAGGACUAUUUUCGACGCAAGAGACAUUGAAUCGCUUGGAAAGUCAGUACACACUCGACGAUCCGCUGAAGAGAUUCAUGAUCACGCAUUAUGCGAGUAUAUCCAUGAGCGAAGAACCCAGCCUCGGCGCUGUCGCCCGCGCUCUCAAAACAGGGCCCUUCAUCGUUAUCCUCGAUAAUAAUGAUCCGAAAAAUUCCAAGCCACUUGGUGUAAUGACAUCUUCACAGCUGCUGCAAAUCAUUGCCAGGGAGUCACAAGUGAAUGGAAACUAAGUCAUAAGAAGACAUGAUUCAAGGGAAAUCUAUAUUAUAAUAAUGUACUUACAAUUGACUGCAGUCAAUUCAUUCUUAGGGUUAGGAUUAGGUGUGGACUACAAAUUAAUACAAUUAUCAGUCACAUUUCUCACUAAGAAAAAUGGAUUUUGAUAUAGUCUAUUGACGAAAGGGAAAAUACUUUUAUUAUUGUAUUGAUUAACACUAUAUUUAUACUUAUUGUAUACAAUAACUAUAUGAAAUUUAAGAGUAAUAAUAUUUAAUGUACUAGGCAUUUAACUAAUAGGAAAUAUUAAAAGCAUUCCUAGGGUGUUUUCAAACUAGGCAACAUUAUCCGAGGUGUUGUGUGCAUUUUUCCUAUGCCUAGCGAUGUUACAAAUAUGCACAAAUCAUGCAACACCACACAGCUAACUUUGUGCAGUUAACCACCCUUAUACUAAGCAUUUACAAAAAUAGAUUGGUGCUCCAAUUUUGUCUAAAAAUUUUUCAUGUUUACAUUGACUUAGUCUUAUUUAAGAUUGAAUUAUGCAUUGAGCCCAAAUUACCAUAUGAAAAUUACUAUCAGUUUAUGCAAUCUAAUUAUACAAGGUCUCAAAUAAAAUAAUUAUUCAAUUA